AUGGUAUCGCUGCCAGCUUCAGAGGUUGAGCCAAUCUCUGACCAGCCUGGUGGCAGGCCACCCGUAUCUCCAAGAAGUGGGCAUAUCUAUGCCAGGGCCAUUUCACCUGAGGAAAAUUCGCUAUCUCAUCAGAUUGAGACGAUGUACAGGCAGCGGAAACAGGCCUUGCGUUUCCUUAGGAGGUGUGAGGAUGAGGAAGCGUUGCAAGUGCUACAGGAAACAUUGGAUCCGCAACCGCAGCGGUUCUUCGCAGCGCCCAACAUCGCCCCUGCGCCGCCCGUGGCACGGGACGUGACGAUGUUGUUGCACUAA